AUGGAGUUGUUCGCCAAGGAGGGAGACUUCAGCACGACCGUCGGGUCAGUCGCCGUGGUCGCCGUAGCAUUGGAAGGCAAUGUGGAGGAGGACCUCUGCGAGAGCUCGCGGGGCUCGCGUGGCUCCUCGAAGUCUUCAAAGUUGGUCGGGCAGCUCAUUGCCACCCACCUCAUUGACGAGUCUGCAGUUCCCAGUGUGCCUUCCACUGCCAGGUCAGUGGUCGUUUCUGAGGCCAGAGAGGGCAACGACAUGGACAAAGCCGAAAUCGGCUUCGAUGCCUUGGCGACUGUCGAGGCGGAAGAUGCCCAUGCUGCCCAGCAAGAUGCUAGAGAGGACAAGGCCGAUGCCUUCGUCGGCCUAGAAAAUGCCCCCAGCGACAAGGCAGAAGAUGCCACUGUCGUACCGCAAGAGAUUUCUGCCGAAAAGGUGGCAGAAGAUGUCGACGUCGUGUUGAAAGAAAUUCCUGCCGACAAGGCGGACGAGGCCCUAGUCACCCUUCAAGAUGUUCCUGCCGACAAGGUAGAUGGCACCCAUGCAGUCCUGCAAGACGUUCCCGCCGAGAAGGCAGAAGCCGUCCCUGUUACAGAGCCAGAGGCUGCUGCCGACAAGGUGGAAGAUGCCCAUGCUGCCUUGCAAGUGCAAGACAGUCUUGUGGACGAGGCCGACGACUUCCACUUUCCGGCUACCUUGGCGGACGUUCUUUCCGACAAGGCGGAAGAUGUCGCGCCGCUGGACAGUCUCGCCGACAAGGAGCGGGAAGGUGACGACGAUGCCGAGGCGGACAUCCUGGCAGAUCAGGAACAGCUGACCUUCACUAUCUGCGUGACGGAUUCAGUAACUCGAAAGAGCAUUGUCUUGCUGGAGCCACCUGUGUUGGAUAUGCCGCCGCCCAGGGAUGGCGGAGCUGAGUCGAAUACGGCCACGGAGUCUGAGGGCGGUGAGGCCACAGAGCUUCUGCCUGUCGUGACCAGCACGCUUGAGGAGGUGGUUGGAGCAGCUGUGCAGGAACAUCAAGAAGGGGAACGGCAGGCGCAAAGCGAUGCUGCUUCCCACAUCACAGUGGAGUCCGAGGUGCCGCAGGCGGUGCGCCCCCAGGCAGAGGAGGAGCGGGCCACAUCUCUGGUUGCAUCCAUUGUGGUGUCCGAGGGCACGUCGGCCCCCUUGUCUGAAGAGCUGUCGAAGGCCCUGGGCAGCAGCGCCCUUGCUGCAGCCUCCAGGGACGUGGCCGAGGCUUCCGAGGCUGGCAGCCAGCCGGCAUCAUGUAUGGCGUCUGCCGUGAGCCAAGAGAUCGUGGCAUUCUGCCUGGAUGAUCUUCAGGAGAGCGCGUCCACUGCGAGGUCCAGACGGCCCUCGGAGGUAUUCUCGCGAGGUAGUGGGAGUGUCGUGGACCUGUUGCCGGUGCCGCUCCCCGACAUUGCGGAGGAUGCGGGUGCUUGGGCUGCAGCAGAUGGCCAGAGCUCGAUGGAGGACCUGAGCAUGGGCCUGGCAAGGUGUCGUCUCACGACUUUUCCCACAGAAUUCCGGUGCGAGGACGACUCGCCCAUCAUCCUGAUCUCAAGGUCUCCGUCGGAGGUGACGAUCAUGCCAGCAGAGACCGCGAGGCUGGACGAAAUCGAUGUCUUGAGGGCCUCCCUGACAUACAGCUCGGAGCUGCCUUCAGACCUGGGCUUGGAGGAGUCGGGGCCCUCAGACUACGAGGAGAUGGAUCUGGAGGCCCUGAGUUCGGCCCGGGAAUUAACGCCGAUUCAAGAGGAGCCAGUCGCGGAUGAGUCCAAAGACGUCGCUGUGGCGCAGGCCUUGCGACGCGCUGUUGCUGCCGCGGCCAUCGGGCGCCAGGAGAUGGAUGUGCUGGCGGCCUCGCUGACGGUCGGCGGGCUGGCUGACCUGCCAAGCGGCGUCCGGGCAGAGGACGACGAGGUCGAAGCGGAGGAGGAGCUACAGGAGAUGCAAGCUCUCGUUGCCACUGAGCCACCUUCGCCUGCUGCUCAUGAGGAGCGGGACACGCCUCGAAGUGGCGCUUCAGGUCACACCUCUGCAGGCACAUCAGAGCUGGACUUGGCCACGGACCGGAGCUGGUGCAUGCUGCCUGCCGCGCUGGCGGACGGGAAGAAGCCGUGUCUCUGGUGGUUUCGCAGGCGCACGUGUGCGGGCGACCUGCUACAGCUUGCACUCUGCCCGCUUCUACGAAGUUUGCAAGAUUUUCCCGUGAUAGCCAGCUGGUUGUGGAAGGCGACCGAGUCUGUUGAUGCGGCGGCCGUGGUGUGCGCCGUGCAGGACUUCGGAACCCAGGCGACGCCGGAAGUGCGACCCCUCAGCGCAGGGACCUUCCCAGCAUCUUCAGUCGGCGAGGCAGCAGAAGCACAGGUGGUGGCGGAGGUUCUGGAGGCUGCGAUGCCUCCUGCGAGCGUGUCUGAGGCCAUUCCUCUCGACGAACCUCUUCCGAAGUCGAAGGAAGAGUUGCUGGAAGAGAUGGACAUCCUGGCGGCUUCGCUCACAGCCGGACUUCAUGCCGAUGACCUGGAGGUGCACGGCAGUCGACAUCCAUCCGACCCACCUUCUGAGGCAACGGUGAUGCUGGAGCACAUCCCCAAGACGACAGACGAGCUGCGCAUGGAGAUGGAUGUUUUGGCUGCUUCUCUGACUGUGGGUUUGGACAACCUCGCAGGGGGCGAUGAUGUCGAAGUGGAGGCACUGUUGCCGCCUCGCACAUCGGGGCCGCCUUCAGAGGCAACCAUCAUGGUGGAGCACGUCCCCAAGACAAAAGACGAGCUGCGCCAAGAGCUGGAUGUCCUGGCUGCUUCCCUGACGGCUGGCCUGGACAACGUGGUGGCGACAGACGCAGGGGAUGCGGAUGUGGAAGUGGAGGCACGCGUGUGCACUGCUGCCACCUCGAACUUCGGCCCCGCCUUCAGAGGCAUGUCGGUUGCUUCCCGCCCGUACAAGCUGCAUCAGGAGAUGGACGUGCUGGCGGCCUCGCUGACGGCUGGGCUGGCUGACCUUCCAAGCGGCGUCCGGGCAGAGGACGACGAGGUCGAAGCGGAGGAGGAGCUACAGGAGAUGCAAGCUCUCGUUGCCACUGAGCCACCUUCGCCUGCUGCUCAUGAGGAGCGGGACACGCCUCGAAGUGGCGCUUCAGGUCACACCUCUGCAGGCACAUCAGAGCUGGACUUGGCCACGGAGCUGGUGCAUGCUGCCUGCCGCGCUGGCGGACGGGAAGAAGCCGUGUCUCUGGUGGUUUCGCAGGCGACCGAGUCUGUUGAUGCGGCGGCCGUGGUGUGCGCCGUGCAGGACUUCGGAACCCAGGCGACGCCGGAAGUGCGACCCCUCAGCGCAGGGACCUUCCCAGCAUCUUCAGUCGGCGAGGCAGCAGAAGCACAGGUGGUGGCGGAGGUUCUGGAGGCUGCGAUGCCUCCUGCGAGCGUGUCUGAGGCCAUUCCUCUCGACGAACCUCUUCCGAAGUCGAAGGAAGAGUUGCUGGAAGAGAUGGACAUCCUGGCGGCUUCGCUCACAGCCGGACUUCAUGCCGAUGACCUGGAGGUGCACGGCAGUCGACAUCCAUCCGACCCACCUUCUGAGGCAACGGUGAUGCUGGAGCACAUCCCCAAGACGACAGACGAGCUGCGCAUGGAGAUGGAUGUUUUGGCUGCUUCUCUGACUGUGGGUUUGGACAACCUCGCAGGGGGCGAUGAUGUCGAAGUGGAGGCACUGUUGCCGCCUCGCACAUCGGGGCCGCCUUCAGAGGCAACCAUCAUGGUGGAGCACGUCCCCAAGACAAAAGACGAGCUGCGCCAAGAGCUGGAUGUGCUGGCUGCUUCCCUGACGGCUGGCCUGGACAAUGUGUUGGCGACUGACGCAGGGGAUGCGGAUGUGGAAGUGGAGGCACACGUGUGCCACUGUAGUAUACUAGAGGCAUACAGCAGUGCAUGGUCGGUGAAUGCUUGGCAUGCAGCCGGAGGCACUGCUGCCACCGCGAACUUCGGCCCCGCCUUCAGAGGCAUGUCGGUUGCUUCCCGCCAGUACAAGCUGUUGCAACAUGCUCGUGAAGCGUGUGCUGGUUUGGCGCUGGCGCUUGAUGCCACGCAUCCGUGUUUGAAGGCAACCGUCUUGCUAGAUCACGUCCCCAAGACAAAAGACGAGCAUCAGGAGAUGGACGUGCUGGCGGCCUCGCUGACGGCUGGGCUGGCUGACCUUCCAAGCGGCGUCCGGGCAGAGGACGACGAGGUCGAAGCGGAGGCUGGCCAGCAGGGUUCGACGGGGUAUCUUUGGCAAGAGGUCAAAGGUGCUGGUAUGCUGAUCAGAAUUUGGACGAUUGCUGAAGCACAGCACGACACGGAUCUUGGAAGGUGGCCACUCUGGCCCCCGAGCAGGCUCGGAGAUGUUCAGAGAAGCUGUUUUUGUUGUAGCCUUCACCUGGCCAUUUCCGGCAGCCACGUGUUGCAUGUGUACUUCCAGCUCGAUGGCAGGAGGAGCUACAGGAGAUGCAGGCUCUCGUUGCCACUGAGCCACCUUCUGCUGCUCAUGAGGCCGUCGGAUCGGGAAAGCUUGCCGUGCACGAGCUGCGAUGAACUGCCAGUUGUGACAGGCGCGGGACACGCCUCGAAGUGGCGCUUCGGGUCCGCCGGCUGCACGUGCAUCGUUGUGCUUCUGCGCCAUUGUGCGUCAUUGUGCAUCAUCGUGCAAGCACCUCCCCUGCCCCUGCCCUAUGCCCGCGCAAUCACGUGCAGGCGCACCCGUGUAGGCGACCUGCUGCAGCUUGCGCUCCGCCGUGACGGCUGGUUGUGGAAGGCGACGGAGUCUGUUGAUGCGGCCAUCAUGUGCGCCGUGCAGGACUUCGGAACUCAGGUGCUGUCCAGAGGCGGCAAGCUUGGCAUGCGGCAUGAUUGCGUGACAGCAAACGACGUUCUGGAACUUGGCACUUCGGAUCGAGCAACAUUGGCAGGGACCUUUCCGGCAUCAUCGGCGGGUGAGGACUGGGAUGCGGUAAGCCAGAGAUUCAAUACUAAGCCUGCACGUAUGAAUGCCAAGAAGGUGACUGAAGGUACGCGUAGCCACACAGACGUUUGCAGUUGGGGUCGGGAAAUGCAGCUUCAACUCAGAUUCGCAGUCCAAUGCGCUGUCUUGGCCAGGCAGUCGAAGCACGGAUGGCGGCUGAGGUUCUGGAGGCUUGCGCAUCGGCUGCUGACUUGA